AUGGUGGCGGAGCUGCUCUCGGCGGGCGCCUCGCCCAACCUCCGCGACUGCGAUGGGAACACGCCGCUGCAGCUCGCGCACGAGCAAGGCCACUCGGGGACGGCGGCCGUGCUCAAGCUGGCGGCGGCGGCGAUCACGCCGGCGGCGGCGGAGACGCCGCAGAGGCCGACGCGCCAAAAGCUCAAGCGCGCGAUGUCUCGCCUCACCACCUCGCCGCGCCUCCCCUCGGCGGCCGGGGCCCCGUUCCGAGCCAAGCCAACGCCGCCGCCGCCCGCCGUUGCGACGUCCGCGGUGGGGCGCACAUCGCCGAGCACGGCGGCGAUCGAGCCGUUGGCCUCCCGCAACCGCGCCAUCUCGCGGAUCGCGAAUGUGAAGCUGGGCUGCUAA